AACGUUCUCAGAGUUUAUACGCGCCUAUUAUUAAAUGGGUUACAAAUUAAAUACAAUAGGAUUGUAUAGGUGGCUCAUAUUUCUAUUCAGUUUUAGUAAUUUUGAUAAAAUUUAGCUCGGUUUUUUUUAAUCGAAUAUUUAUUUUAUUUGAAAGUAUUAAUUUUAUUUUUAUUAAUUUAUUUUAAUUAAUUAAUUUGCUUUAAAAUGUUGCACUUAAACUCAGUUCCCGAAGAUUACGCGAGGAAGAACAACCAGUAUGCUCAAGUGGCGCUGGCAUGCGGCCGCGCGGCCCACCAGACGGCACUCCGUGGUGCCACCGCACCCACUCCUCAACUGGCUACCUUGACGCCCAAGGUCCGAGCGUUCGUGGAGCGCAGCGUGGCUCUCUGCCAGCCGGAGCAUGUGCACGUGUGUGACGGCUCCGAGGCGGAGGCUUCUGCUCUGCUGCACAUCAUGCAGCAGCAGGGCACCCUCAAGCGUCUGCCCAAGUACGACAACUGCUGGCUAGCCCGCACGGACCCGGCAGACGUAGCUCGCGUGGAGUCCCGGACCUUCAUCUGCUCUGACAAGGAGAGGGACGUGGUCCCCAUCGCCCGCGCCGGACAGAAGUCAGCCCUCGGGAACUACAUCGCGGCUGCUGACUAUGACAAGGCCAUCACUGAGAGGUUCCCUGGAUGCAUGAGAGGUCGCACCAUGUACGUGAUCCCAUUCUCCAUGGGCCCUGUUGGCUCUCCGCUAUCAAAGAUCGGUGUGGAGAUCACAGACUCCCCUUACGUCGUGUACUCGAUGCGCGUCAUGACCAGAAUGGGUGCUAAAGUGUUGGAGGCUUUGCGUCAAGAUGAGCAGUUUGUGAGGUGUCUGCAUGCGGUCGGUACUGGUGGCAUCCAGGGCUGGCCCUGUGACCCACCGAGGACCAUCAUCCUGCACAAACCAGCUGACAACGAGAUUGUUAGCUACGGCAGUGGCUAUGGAGGCAACAGUUUGCUCGGCAAGAAAUGCUUCGCGCUGCGUCUUGGAUCCGUCAUCGCUCGUCGCGAGGGAUGGCUGGCCGAACAUAUGCUGAUCGUUGGUGUAACAGACCCAAAAGGUCGUAAGCGCUACAUCGCGGCCGCUUUCCCCUCAGCCUGUGGUAAGACCAACCUAGCCAUGAUGACCCCAACCUUGCCUGGAUACAAGGUGGAGUGUGUCGGAGACGAUAUCGCCUGGAUGAAGUUCGAUAAGAAUGGAGUGUUGAGGGCUAUCAACCCGGAGAAUGGAUUCUUUGGAGUUGCUCCAGGAACAUCUGAAGCGACCAACCCGAUCGCGAUGUCAACAGUAUUCAAGAACACUGUAUUCACGAACGUCGGGGAGACCAACGACGGUGGGGUGUGGUGGGAGGGCAUGGGGGCAGCCCCCGAGAGCCUCACCGACUGGAAGGGCCAGCCCUGGGAUCCCAGCAAGAAGACCCCCGCCGCACACCCCAACUCAAGAUUCUGCACUCCAGCAGAACAGUGCCCCAUCAUCGACUCGGAGUGGGAGAGCUCGGAAGGAGUCCCGAUCUCGGCCAUCCUGCUGGGCGGGCGGCGCCCUGCCGGCGUGCCCCUCGUGGUGGAGGCCCGCGACUGGAACCACGGCGUCUUCAUGGGGGCCACCAUGAGGUCCGAGGCCACUGCUGCCGCUGAACACAGUGGCAAGACAAUUAUGCACGAUCCGUUCGCGAUGCGCCCGUUCUUCGGGUACAACUUCGGUGACUACCUGAAGCACUGGCUGUCGAUGCCGAAGCCCGGCAGACAGGUGCCCAAGAUCUUCCACGUCAACUGGUUCCGCAAGAAUGAUGAGGGCAAAUUCCUCUGGCCCGGCUUCGGCGAGAACUCCCGCGUUCUCGACUGGAUCCUGCGCCGCUGCGACAACGAGCCCUGCUACACCGAGACCCCUCUCGGCUUCGUCCCCAAACAGAACGACCUCAACGUCCAAAACCUGGGCAAAAUUGACAUGGACACCCUGUUCAGCAUCCCUAAAGACUUCUGGCUCCAAGAAGCUGACGCCAUCGAGAAGUAUUUCAAAGAAGAAGUUGGCCAAGACUUGCCUAAAGAAAUGUGGCAGGAAUUAGAAAAACUGAGGAAGAACGUACAACAAUCAUAGACCAAAGAUUUAUAGCUUUAGUAAUUGUCGUCGAAUUGUCCCCGCAAUAGACAAGAUAGAGUUUUUAAGUGGCUCUUGGGACAGAUAAGUUAAGUUUCGGAAUGUAAAGAUACUACUUAUAUUUCUUUUCAAUAUAAUCUUUGCAAACAUUCCCUUUUUUCCAUUAAAUCUGGCGCUGGUCGUAAGAAAUGUUUUUUUCGAAAUGAAAUGACGGAUUCUAACAUUGAAAUGAAGAUUAAGAAGGCUGUGUUAUUUAGGUAUAAUUACAAUUGUUAUAAGACAUGUAUAUUAAUCAACAGAUAAUUAAUUUCUAUAAUAAUAACUUUUGUGAGAUAAAUUUAACUUGUUAAGUGCUAAAGUCCACUUUACAGAAAUCGUUCGUCGGUCGACUAGUUGCACAAUAGGUCAUAUACUAGUUUCAUUUGAGACAAGUCUAUUUAUAAACUAGUCGGACGUUGAAUAUAUACUGUAAAGUGUCUAUAGUCUUUCGUAAGUUCAUCAUAUAAUUAAAUAAAUAUUUUUAUAUGUAAGUUAUUUUUUAAAUAAAACGUAUUAUUGAAUGAGUAA